AUGGCGACCGAACGAGUCGGAGAAUCCUCCGACUCCUUAUCUCGGCGACGCCCAGCUUUCGCGACUCGAACUGCUCAAGAGGAUGUCUCACGUCUCGACCCAGGGGACUCGGCUCAUGCUACCUCCGACGAACGUACUCGCCUGCUACCCUGGCCACCGACUCGAUCGACCCGUCCGUAUGAGCCUGUGAACUCGUCUGAACCAACCAAGGACCAAUGCUAUUCCUCACCCAUGCAUUACUUGCGGGCCAUUUCUCGCUGGUGGCAUAAUCGAGUAGACCAGGAUCAAGAACAGGAGGCCAGUGGAGACAUCACUUCACAAAAUGUGUACCUGUCUGCGGGUCCUCUCCGCGACUCCCGCGCUGAUAAGAGGGGACAUCGAUCCCGAUCAGUGGAUGAGCCGAAGAAGCUUGGUACAUUCUCCGGUGUUUUUGUUCCAACAACGUUGAAUGUCCUAAGCAUUCUUAUGUUCCUUCGAUUCGGAUUCAUCCUGGGACAAGCUGGUGUAUUGGGCAUAUUAGGGCUGCUACUUGUAUCAUACACAAUCAACCUCGUGACUACCAUGUCUUUAUCCGCAAUUGCAACAAACGGGACGGUCCGAGGUGGUGGUGCCUACUACCUGAUUUCUAGAUCUCUAGGUCCCGAAUUUGGUGGCUCCAUCGGCAUUGUAUUCUAUCUUGGCUAUGUGUUCAACACCGGCAUGAAUGCUGUUGGUUUAGUUGAUUGUUUUACUCAGAACUUUGGGACGCAGUCUGGGGACUGGGCCAACUUCCUCGAGGAAGGCUUUUGGUGGCAGUAUCUGUGGGGAACUAUUAUACUGGUAUUUUGCACAGGAAUUUGCUUGGCAGGAAGUUCCAUAUUCGCGAGGGCAAGUAAUGGGCUUUUGGUCAUACUACUUGUGGCAACAUUUAGCAUACCGCUCUCUGCAGUUUUCAUGAAGCCUUUCCCAAUCCCUCGCCAGGGGGUGGAGUUCACGGGAAUUCGUUUGAAAACGUUGAUGGGAAAUCUCAAACCUCAUCUAACCAAGGGAGCUGCAGGAAGUCAAAUAAAAGGACGAGAGAACUUUCAAGACCUUUUUGGCAUUCUGUUUCCUGCCACAGGAGGUAUUUUUGCAGGGGCAAGUAUGUCGGGUGACUUGAAGAACCCGAGUAAGGCUAUUCCUAAGGGCACACUCUCGGGUUUGGCUUUGACAUUUGUCGCCUACGGGCUUGUCAUCCUUGCGAUGGCGGCCUCGGUGACCCGGGAGUCUUUUUAUAACAACGUGAAUGUCAUACAAGUCGUCAAUGCCUCUGAUAGUGUGAUUCUUCUCGGAGAAUUCGCAACCAGUUUCUUUUCCGCCCUGAUGGGUGUGAUCGGAUCUGCUAAGCUUCUUCAGGCUAUUGCAAGAGAUAGCCUCUUGCCUGGCAUAGGAAUUUUUGCCCAAGGCUCGCAAAAAACUGACGAUCCCAUAUAUGCCAUCAUUGUGACCUUUGUGUUCGCUCAGGUCACAAUGCUCUUCGACAUCAAUCGCAUCGCAUCUUUUGUUACCAUGACCUACUUGAUGACCUUCCUUGUGACGAAUCUUGCGUGUUUCCUCUUGAAAAUCGGCUCUGCACCCAAUUUUCGUCCGUCGUUCCGCUACUUCAACUGGCAGACCGCAGCAGCUGGAACGCUUGUCAGUGGAAUCAGCAUGUUUUUUGUAGAUGGUAUUUACGCUACGGGAUGUGUAGGAAUUCUGGUGGUUCUUUUCCUGCUGAUCCAUUAUACCUCGCCACCCAAGCCUUGGGGUGAUGUCAGUCAAAGCCUGAUCUACCAUCAAGUGCGAAAAUACUUGCUUCGACUGCGUCAGGAGCACGUCAAGUUCUGGCGCCCUCAGAUCCUGCUCUUUGUCAGCGACCUCGAAAGGCAGUACAAAAUGGUGUCCUUCUGCAACUCAUUGAAGAAGGGAUCUUUGUUUGUAUUAGCUCAUGUUCUUGUGACCGAUGACUUUUCAGCAGCUGUCCCGGAAGCACGUCGCCAACAGACAGCAUGGACAAAAUUUAUCGAAAAUUCCAAGAUCAAAGCCUUCGUCAACAUCGCCGUUUCGCCCGCUGCGGAAUGGGGUAUGCGAAACAUUGUCUUGAAUUCUGGGCUGGGUGGGAUGAGGCCCAACAUCGUUGUGAUCGACCAAUUCAGAUCGGGCCAGUCGCUUGUUGAAACCUUAUCUUUGAAUAGUGGCCAUAGAGACUCGAGGGCUAGGCGCCAUUCGGUCUACUCGAGUAUAGGAAGCGAAGAGUCCAGCGAGUCUAGGCCGGCAAUCACACCUAUGAGUGGAAAGAGUUAUGUAACGAUUCUUGAAGAUCUUUUGUUCAAGCUUCGGAUCAAUGUUGCCGUAGCCAAGGGAUUCGAGGAUCUGGAGCUACCAGACCCCAACGGUCGCCACACUAAGAAGUAUAUUGAUCUGUGGCCGAUUCAAAUGUCUGCCGAGCUUGGAGCUGAUAAUGAAAGCAAGCAAAAUCUGCUGACCACUAAUUUCGACACUUAUACUUUAAUCCUGCAAUUGGGUUGUAUUCUCAACACUGUUCCCUCGUGGAAGAAGACAUACAAAAUCCGAAUUGCGGUGUUUGUCGAGUACGAGACCGAUGUGGAAGAUGAAAGAGGGCGGGUUGAGGCUCUCCUUGACAAAUUACGAAUUGAGGCCGAAGUGUUGGUAUUUUGCCUUGCUUGCGGUGAUCUUCAAGCUUAUCAAAUCAUCGUAAAUGGUGAUACUUCAGUCGCAGUUGAUGCCCGAGAGAGGGUUAAUUCCACUCUACAGGGGGAAGAAUGGUGGCAAGGGGUCUUAAGAGCUCGUGCCAUCCAUCAAGACACGCAGGAUUCGGAUAGAACUAGUGACAGUCUCCAUCUCGAUAGGUCAUAUACCUGGCAAGGGCCAUCGAGCCAAGACAAUGGAGCCAGGCCUUCACGCCAGCGAAUGACUGGGUUGAGGAAACUGAUCCAGUCCACUCGUCGCAGACGAUCUGUCUCUAGCUUCCGGGCUCUAGGAGGGGUGAACCUCGGCAUGCAAACACAUCGCUUGCUUGAUGCAUUCGUCGACUACGAGAGCUCCGAUAGCAUGAGCGAGAGCGAAGACAGCGACCUGGAGGCGUAUGCCAGCGACCCAGAACCAGAGGUCAGCGGAGAGGACAUAUUCAGCGCUCGAAAUGAGGCAGCACCUGUUUCCGGUUCUUCGAGGCUCCUUGGUCCGCCCAAGACCAAUGAUUCCCCGAGAACACCAGUGCGUGCAGGCUCUCAAGUAGAAGGAGCACCACCUUCCCUACUAAUCCCGUCCAUAAUUGAGACUGGCGAAGAUGGCUCCCCGAAAAGCAAAUCUCUAGGUCGACCGCCGCCCAUCAGUCGUACUGCUUCCAGCAAUCGAUUCAGUUCCUCUCCCAUUCCUGAAGCUAAAGUGAACACUGAAGCUGAGGAGGGUAAUGGACCGUCUAUCAUGUUUGCGGCGCAAAACUCACCUCCACGAUUUGCAAACAAGCUAGAUUCUAUCUAUGCUCGUCGCCCAUCUUCUGUGUCUCCCACCUCCCCCGGUGCCCACGGCAGUCCCCAUACACAUGCAACAGGGUACCCUGGUGUAGCGUCGGUCCCAUUGUCUUUCAAUGAUCUCCCGAGUCGAGCACAGCAUUUGAUUCUGAAUGAGUUGAUGAUCCAGCAAAGUGGUGAUACCGCCGUUAUCUUCACGACUCUGCCGUCUCCCGUGGAAGGGACUUCGCUUAGCGCGGAGGACAGUGAGUCUUACUUGAGCGAUCUAGAUGUCCUAUGGAAUGGUCUACCCCCUUGUCUGCUGGUGCACAGUAACAGCAUGACUGUGACGAUGAAUUUGUGA